AUGUCCCUCGACGAUCCGCGGGUGGAGUGGAUCCGAAACCGGGUAUGUUCCUGUUUUUAUUUGCCGGAGCCAGGUUGUUUCGAGGAAUUGCUGAGCCGCGGAGAUGGAGAAGAAGAGCAGAAGAUAAUCCGAUUUCUGAAUGAAGUCACCGAGGAAGAGUCGGCAUCGACGAUGCUGUUUUUCAAAGGAGUCAAAGAGGAAGAGAUUGAAGUUGAAAUUCCGAAUGGUAAGUGAGUGUGGAGUAGCCAAUGUCGCGUUCAAGACCACUUGGAACUCGAAAAUCGAUAUCAGACUUCAGUGCGUUCAAGACAACUGGGAACUUCAAGUUCAACUUGGUAAAACACGAAUUCCAAUUCGGAAAGGGAGAGACUAUUGUACAAAACAUUAGGAACACCUUCCUAAUACAAGUGGCACCCCUUUUUCCCUUAGAACAGCCUCAAUUCGUCGAGGCAUGAACUCAACAAGGUGUCAGAAGUGUUCCACAGGGAUGCUGGCCCAUGUGUUGACUCCAAUGCUUCCCACAUUUGUGUCAAGUUGGCUGGAUGUCCUUUAGGCGGUGGACCAUUCAUGAUACUCACAGGAAACUGUUGAGCAUGGAAAAACCCAACAGCAUUGCAGUUCUUGACACACUUAAACUGGUGUGCCUGGCACCAACUACCAUACCCCGUUCAAAUAUGAUUAAAUAUUUUGUCUUGCCCAUUCACCCUCUGAAUGGCACACACACACAAUCCAUGUCUCAAGACUUUAAAAUCCUUAACCUGUUACCUCCGCUUCAUCUACACUGAUUUGAAGUGGAUUUAACAAGUGACAUCAAUAAGGAAUCAAACCUAAAACUGUCCCUUACCUUAACCCUAGCCUAAUUUUAAUACAUUCUAAAAUGAAAUAUCGGUUUAGGCAUCAGGCGUGUCCUUAUAGCCUUUUCCAAUCAGAAACUCUGGCAUCAUCCUAUGCCAUGCUCAAAACAACUGGGAACUCGGAAAUCUCUGACUUCAGUGCGUUCAAGACAUAGAGAAUGAUAGAGGCCUCUAGUGGCCAAAAGGCCGUAUUAGCAUGGGCAGCACCAUUGAGGGCUUCCACCAUUUUAAUGUAGUCAACUGGGUGGGACUUCCAACUUCAUUGGCUUAUCCCUCCUGGGGACCAUGUUGGAGUCAUGUCCAACUGGGUCAUAAGGAGGGAUCAGCCAAUCCUGAAGAAGAAAAUUGACUACAUCAAAAUAGAGAUUGCCUCAAUGGUGCUGCCCAUGCUGUCAUAGACGCUAUAAUGGCACAGAUACAAAGAUGAGUCAUCUAUCUAUCUAUCUAAUCUAUCAAAUCUAUCUAGCUAUCUAUAUGGUUCAAGACAACUGGGAACUCUGAAAAAAACAAGCUCAGACUAGGAAAAUUCGUUUUGAACAGUCAUCCAACUCGAAAUUCCAAUUCGAAAACUCAGACAUCUUUCUAGAUCUUCCACUUUCCAACCUGAAGAUCACUGACGUCAUGAUUUGACCUCGUUUUUUCCCAGUUCCCAGUUGUCUUGAAAGCACCAUAAUGACUGCCACUCAUCAUCACACUGGCCUUUUCUCAAUUGGAUUUGCCCAACUCCUGCAUCCUCUCAUGCUUCCUUUUGAAAAGGUCAAAGGUAAUCGAGGUGAGGUGGUGAGGAGAGGGAACGUGGACAAAAAUGUGCUUGUAUGAAACCCUCCUCCAGUUGCGCAUCAUCAGGCAAAUGGCAUUUACUAGACCAAAGCAAUUGUUGAAAAUAAAUUGAUGUAAAGUAAUUGAACAUCGAGUUGGGAAUGGAAAUUUAGAGGAAUGCGAUGAUUGGUAUAGGGCACACUUCUCUGCAAGAGCCUUCCCAAUGAUAAACUCACAGCUGGGGCUGCAACCUGGUCUCAGAGCAUUUUGUAUUAUUCUGUACGUAAAUUCAAGACACUCCAUUUAGUAUGAUAUUUUUCCACCUUGUCGGAUCGGGGAUUCAAACCAGCGACCUUUCGGUUACUGGCCCAACGCUCUUAACCGCUAGGUUACCUUCCACCCGGACCAAAGGUUCCCAGGCCAGAGAUUCCUAGGCCAGAGGUGUUUCAGGAAGAUUAGCUGACAUCAUAGCGUCAGCUAAUGGGGAUCCGAAAAUUCAGGAAGGUAGGUCCUCAGUAGGCAACUCCAAGUAGGCUUCCACCCUCUGCCUUCCACCCGGGCCAGAGGUUCCUGGUCCAGAGGUUCCUGGUCCAGAGGUUCCUGGGCCAGUACAGGGAUAAUGUCCACCUGGAUGGUCAGUUUCCUGAACCAAAGGUGCGAACAGUUCCUUGAUGGGUCCUGAGCCAGUCUUCCAGCUGGGGGCUGAAUCAGUGCCUCUCUGGUUCUCAUCUGGUAAGUCUGUUUCAUCCCACACUUCCAGUAAGGCCUGGUCUCUUGCUGAGCCACACUGGGUGUUUGGACUGGUUCCUGGGCUGGAGUUUGAUAUGUUUCCUGGGCAUCUCUGGUCCUCUGGUGGUGCGGUAGUUUAGCAGUGGUCUUGGCUGUGGUCUUUGAAAGCUCAAGGACAAAAAAACAAUAGUCUGGAAAUCAUUACUUAAGAAACAAUGAAAUCGACAAAAACAAUGGAAAUGCCAUGGAAACGUGUGGGGGAAAGAUGCCGUGGGGUAAAGAUCCCGAAUCUCCUCAUUGCCCCCCAGCAAAAUUAGCCUUGAUUUAGCAUAUUGUUUAUAUGUGUAUUUCACAAUAUGUUGAGGCAAACAUUGGAGUAUAAUGCUUGUAUGGAUGUCAACCCCAAUAUACAGUACAUGGCCAAAAGUACAUCUCAUUCCAAAAUUAUGGGCAUUAAUAUGGAGUUGGUCCCCCCUUUGCUGCUAUAACAGCCUCAACUCUUCUGGGAAGGCUUUCCACUAGAUGUUGUCACAUUGCUGCGGGGACUUGCUUCCAUUCAGCCACAAGAGCAUUAGUGAGGUUGGGCACUGAUUUUGGGCGAUUAGGCCUGGCUCGCAGUCGGCGUACCAAUUCAUCCCAAAGGUGUUCGAUGGGGUUGAGGUCAGUCCUCUGUGCAGGCCAGUCAAGUUCUUCCACACCGAUCUCGACAAACCAUUUCUGUAUGGACCUCGCUUUGUUCGUGGGGGCAUUGUCAUACUGAAACAAGAAAGGGCCUUCCCCAAACUGUUGCCACAAAGUUGGAAGCACAGAAUCGUCUAGAAUGUCAUUGUAUACUGUAGCGUUAAGAUUUUCCUUCACUGGAACUAAGGGGCCUAGCCCGAACCAUGAAAAACAGCCCCAGACCAUUAUUCCUUGUGUAAGGCUGCUCGGCCAUGGAAACCCAUUUCAUGAAGCUUCCGACGAGCAGCUCUAGCAGGGCAGAAACUUGACGAACUGAAUUGUUGGAAAGGUGGCAUCCUUUGACAGUGCCACGUUGAAAGUCACUGAGGUCUUCAGUUUAGGCCAUUCUACUGCCAAUGUUUGUCUAUGGAGAUUGCAUGACUGUGUGCUCGAUUUUACAAAUAAUCACUUAUAAAGAGUCACUGACAUCAACCAAAACUAAACAGGUGGGGUUUUAGAGGGGUUCUAAAAUACACUCAUGGGGGUGUCCACUUAAAGUUGCAUAGCAACAACAACUGGGGUCUAAAAGACACCCACCAUGAGCGCCCACUAAAUGUGCCUAAGUAGAGGCAAACCAAAAGAAAAACCCACACCCAACUUAAAGACAGGAAGCAAACCAAAAAGGUGGCGCAAAACGAAAUCGGCGAAAUCAGAUAAAGGAUUGUUUGUCUAACUAAACGUGUUAACGCUCCACAUCUAUCAAGACAACUGGAGCACUGGGCCAGCCACUCUUAAAUAGCACCUGGGCCAGCACAGGUGAAACACCUUCCCACUAAUGAGACGGCAACCAGCACAGGUAUAACACAUACUGACUAAUGAGGUGACACCAAUCGAUGCGCCCUACGUGCUAUACGUACUGAAGUCCAACCUCAAAACAUAAAUGGAAAAACCAAAACCUGUAACACCAAUCAACUGCAUUACAGUUAAAAACGACUUUGACUACCACCACCGAUUUCUGUAUGCUAGCUAUGCUACCAGCUCAUACGAAUGGGAGUUAGCAUUUAGCAGUUACUUCUUCUAAAUCUGAAGAGGGACAACUUCUAAAUGUUAUGCAGCGAAAACAGCCAAAUAUAGCCAAAUCGGACUUUAGUAACCACAUUGUGGACCUGUUACAAUACAUUACGGAUUUGACGAAUAACAACUUUUUUAGAUCAGAUUUGUAGAAUGUGCGCCAAUGACGGCGUCACAGCAUCCUGCAUUCCAUUGACCUCUUUACCGCAUCUAUGAUCUAGAAUGGUGAGGAGAUGAUGGCUGUCUCUGUGACAUCAUAAACAAAUCAUGGAUCUGAUUCAAUGCAAUUACCUAUAGCCUACAUUUUAUUUGUAUAGAUAGCAUUUUGGCUACAAGACAUUGUCACAAACUACUUUUACAGAAUUGGGAGCCUUAACUCCCCCAAAGAGCAAGCUUAUAGGGAAUAAACUGUCAGAGUCGUGUCACGAAAGUUCCCUAAACUACACUGUGAAAAAAUCGAGUUGUUUCAACUAAUUAUUAUUAAGAAACUGGUUCAACCGCCUUUUUUUAAUUCAACGUUUCGGUCCAAGUGUUACCUGCAAGUGUAACUAAAAAAUAUAUAUAAUUUAUGUUUGCUCAAAUAGUUUAAGCAGCUUACCUAAAAAAGGAUGUAGAACUACAUAGUUACACACACAAACAGUGCUUUUAACAUACAAUGUUUUUAACUUACAUAUUUGGCACACAUUGUGCGUGUUCAUUUAUACAGUAAUUAAUAUUCACCUGGGAUUUGAACUCACAACCUCUUGGUUCACGGUAUUCCAAUCUUCCUGCAAUGCCACCAUGUCUGUGUCAAUUACUGAUUUCACCUGUAUUGCUACACUUUGCACAUCAAAGAAAAUCUCAGCACUGUUAAAAGUACACAUUAAGUGUAACAUUAACAUUAUAUGCCCCACCAACAUUAGACAACUAUACAGAAAAAGCUAAAAUAGCUGAAAUAAGUAAAUCAAAUCAAUGAUGAAAGAAUAGUCAGAUUAACUGAUAAUUGACACAGACAUGGUGGGCGUAGCAGGAAGAUCGGAAUUCCAUUAACAUGUUGAAUAAUAAUUACUGUAUAAAUGAACAUAACAUGCACAAUGUAAUCAUCUAUGUCAACGUGUGUCAAAUACACUAUAUAUACAAAAGUAUGUGGACACCCCUUCAAAUUAGUGGAUUCGGCUAUUUUAGACACACCCAUUGCUGACAGGUGUAUAAAAUCGAGCACACAGCCAUGCAAUCUCCAUAGACAAACACUGGCAGUAGAAUGGCCUUACUAAAGAGCUCAGUGACUUUCAACGUGGCAUUGUCAUAGGAUGACACCUUUAGCCAGGCCUAAUCGCCCAACAUCAGUGCCCAACCUCACUAAUGCUCUUGAGGCUGUCCCCGCAGCAAUGUUCCAACAUCUAGUGGAAAGCCUUCCCAGAAGAGUGGAGGCUGUUAUAGCAGCAAAGGGGGGACCAACUCCAUAUUAAUGCCCAUGAUUUUGUAAUGAGAUGUUCGACAAGCAGCUGUCCAUAUACUUUUGGUCAUGUAGUGUAUGUAAGUUGAAAACAUUGUAUGUUAAAAGCACUGUUUGUGUGUGUGUGUGUAACCAGUUGCACAGCAUUUUUUUGUUAAGAUACCCAAAUAAUAAUUUAUAGUUGAAUGAACAUAUGAGAAGUUGAGCAAACACAUAAUUUUUAAAUAGUUUGGGCCAACUAUUUAUUUGUUGUUCAGGUAACACUUGGACUGAAAAGUUGAGUAAACAAAAAAAAGGCUGUGGAACCAAUUACUUAAUAAUAAUACAAUUGAAACAGUAACUUUUUUUUUUUACAGUGUGUGUGCAGUGCUCACCCAGCAAAUACUUUUGUAUGACACUUUAUAGGGUACUGUAUGAAACUUUUAUGCAACUGAUGUAUGCGUACAUUCGUGCAUGUAAACAAAAGAUGGCCUCAACCUCUACACCAUUAUGAGUAGGCUAGUUCUGGGGCUGUAUUCACAAAGCGUCUCAGAGUUGGAGUGCUGAUCUAGAAUCAGUUUAGCCUUUGAGAUAAUAAUGAAUACUGGUAAGAUUACAUGGUCAAGGGGAACCUGAUCCUACAUCAGCGCACCUACUCUGAGACAUACAGCCCCUGAUGGAUAAGAUUGCUUGCUAGCAGUGCUCUAUAUAUUAAUCCAUAGUCAAAUGGACCAAGAUCCCCUACAGUAGACAACUGGUAAUCCCAAAAUAAAUGUGUAAAGUGAUUUAAACAAAUUAAGUUAGUUGUGCAAGACUUAUUAUUGAUAAAACGAUAACUAGCAUAUUUAUUUUAAACGUGUUUUCUGCUUUCAAAGGUGGUGUUAAUUUAGUUUAGUUUAUUAGGAUAUCCAUUAGCUACUGCACAUGCAGCAGAUAAUCUUCCUGGGGUCCACAUAAAACGUGCAAAUACAUGACAAACUACAGAACAGUAAUAGACAAGAACAACAUAAAAUAUUACAUUAAAUUCAAAAUAAAAAAUUAAAUAAAAGUUAUACACUGAGUGUACAAAACAUUAAGGACACCUUCCUAAUAUUGAGUUACAUAGCCACCCUUUUGCCUUCAGAACAGCCUCAAUUCGUCGAGGCAUGGACUCUACAAGGUAUCGAAAGCGUUCCACAGGAAUGCUGGUCGAUGUUGACUCCAACAGUUGUGUCAAGUAGGCCGGAUGUCCUUUGGGUAGGGGACGAUUCUUAAUAAACACAGGAAACUGUUGAGCGUGAAAAACUCAGCAGCGUUGCAGUUCUUGACACAAACAGGUACGUCUGGCACCCACUACCAUACCAUGUUCACAGGCACUUAAAUAUUUUGUCUUGCCCAUUCACCCUCUGAAUGGCACACAUACACAAUCCAUGUCUCAGUUGUCUCAAGGCUUAAAAAUAAUUAUUUAACCUGUCUCCUCCCCUUAAUCUACACUGAUUGAAGUGGAUUUAACAAGUGACAUCAAGGGAUUAUAGCUUUCACUUGGAUUCACCUGGUCAGUCUAUGUCAUGGAAAGAGCUGGUGUCCUUAAUGUUUUGUACACUCAGUGUAUAUAGGAAAGACACCAAGAGACAAAAAAAAUACUAUUGACACACUAUUCAUAUAUACAGUGCAUUCGGAAAGUAUUCAGACCCCUUGACUUUUUCCACAUUUUGUUAUGUUACAGCCUUAUUCUAAAAUUGAUUAAAUAAUUUGUUUCCCUCACAAUACCCCAUAAUGACAAAGUAAAAACAGGUUUUAGACAUUUUAGCAAAUGUAUAAUAAAAAUUUUUUUUUGAAAUAUUACACUUACAUACAGUACCAGUCAAAAGUUUGGACACACCUACUCAUUCAAGGGUUUUUCUUUAUUUUUACUAUUUUCUACAUUGUAGAAUAAUAGUGAAGACAUCAAAACUAUGAAAAAACACGUAUGGAAUCAUGUAGUAACCAAAAAAGUGUUAAACAAAUCAUAAUAUAUUUUAUAUUUGAGAUUCUUCAAAUAGCUACCCUUUGCCUUGAUGACAGCUUUGCACACUCUUGCCAUUCUCUCAACCAGCUUCACCUGGAAUGCUUUUCCAACAGUCUUGAAGGAGUUCCCACAUAUGCUGAGCACUUGUUGGCUGCUUUUCCUUCACUCUGCCGUCCAACUCAUCCCAAACCAUCUCAAUUGGGUUGAGGUCGGAGGAUUGUGGAGGCCAGGUCAUCUGAUGCAGCACUCCAUCACUCUCCUUCUUGGUAAAAUAGCCCUUACACAGCCUGGAGGUGUGUUGGGUCAUUGUCCUGUUGAAAACAAAUGAUAGUCCCACUAAGCCCAAACCAGAUGGGAUGGCAUAUCGCUGCAGAAUGCUGUGGUAGCCAUGCUGGUUAAGUGUGCCUUGAAUUCUAAAUAAAUCACAGACAGUGUCACCAGCAAAGCACCCCCACACCAUAACACCUCCUCCUCCAUGCUUUACGGUGGGAACUACACAUGCAGAGAUCAUCUGUUCACCCACACGUGUCUCACAAAGACACAGCGGUUGGAACCAAAAAUCUCCAAUUUGGACUCUAGACCAAAGGACACAUUUCCACCGGUCUAAUGUCCAUUGCUCGUGUUUCUUGGCCCAAGCAGGUCUCGUCUUCUAAUUGGUGUCCUUUAGUAGUGGUUUCUUUGCAGCAAUUCGACCAUGAAGGCCUGAUUCACACAGUCCCCUCUGAGCAGUUGAGAUGUGUCUGUGACUUGAACUCUGUGAAGCAUCCCAUUAGAGUGCGAAGAGCCUUGGCGUGACCCUGGACAACACCCUGUCGUUCUCCGCUAACAUCAAGGCGGUGACCCGAUCCUGUAGGUUCAUGCUCUACAACAUUCGGAGAGUACGACCCUGCCUUACACAGGAAGCGGCACAGGUCAUAAUCCAGGCACUUGUCAUCUCCCGUCUGGAUUACUGCAACUCGCUGUUGGCUGGGCUCCCUGCCUGUGCCAUUAAACCCCUACAACUCAUUCAGAAUGCCGCAGCCCGUCUGGUGUUCAACCUUCCCAAAUUCUCUCACGUCACCCCGCUCCUCCGCACACUCCACUGGCUUCCAGUUGAAGCUCGCAUCUGUUACAAGACCAUGGUGCUUGCCUACGGAGCUGUGAGGGGAACGGCACCUCCGUACCUUCAGGCUCUGAUCAGUCCCUACACCCAAACAAGGGCAUUGCGUUCAUCCACCUCUGGCCUGCUGGCCCCCCUACCUCUGCGGAAGCACAGUUCCCGCUCAGCCCAGUCAAAACUGUUCGCUGCUCUGGCACUCCAAUGGUGGAACAAGCUCCCUCACGACGCCAGGACAGCGGAGUCACUCACCACCUUCCGGAGACACUUGAAACCCCACCUCUUUAAGGAAUACCUGGGAUAGGAUAAAGUAAUCCUUCUACCCCCCUUACCCCACCCCCCCCAAAAAAAAAAAAAAAAAAAAAUACAAAUUGUAAAGUGGAUAUCCCACUGGCUAUAAGGUGAAUGCACCAAUUUGUAAGUCGCUCUGGAUAAGAGCGUCUGCUAAAUGACGUAAAUGUAAACGUAAAUGUAAGCAUUUAUUUGGGCUGCAAUUUCUGAGGCUGGUAACUCUAAUGAACUUAUCCUCUGCAGCAGCGGUAACUCUGGGUCUUCCGUUCCUGUGGCGGUCCUCAUGAGAGCCAGUUUCAUCAUAGCGCUUGAUGGUUUUUGCGACUGCACUUGAAGAAACUUUAAAAGUUCUUGAAAUGUUCCGUAUUGACUGACCUUCAUUGUCACGCCCUGGCUCUGGGGACACUUGUAUGUUGAGCCAGGGUGUGCAUUUCAUUUGUUUAUCUAGUAUGUGUAUUUCUAUGUUGGCCUGAGUGGCUCCCAAUCAGAGGCAACGAGUGUCAGCUGUCGUUGGUUGUCUCUGAUUGGGAGCCAUAUUUAAACUGUCUGUUUCCCAUUUGUGUUUGUGGGAUCUUGUUUCUAGUCUGUUUAUGUUAGACCGUGAACUGUCACGUAUCGUUUGUUGUUUUGAUCGUGUCUCUAAUUAAAGAGUAUGUUUGCCUGCAACGCUGCGCCUUGGUCCUCUGUUCCCGACGAUCCUGACAGAAGAUCCCACCUCGACUGGAUCAAGCAGCGUGACGAGGAGAGAGGAUGGACUUGGGAGGAGAUGAGUGCGAGUCUGGCAAGAGGGAUGGAGGCCUUGGCCACGGGUAGGAGUGAAGCCCAUCAAUUUUUUAGGGGGGGGCUAACGCCGUGGAUGACGGGGCAGCAGGAGGCCGCCAGGUUACGGGAGUCACUGGUCACCAGGGGGAGGGAGGAUGUAGAGGCACGGCGAGAGGUACUGGCGUGUGUUGCCAGUCCGGUCCGGCCUGUUCCUGAUCCCCACGUAGGGCCAGUGGUGUGUGUUCCCAGUACGGUCCGGCCUGUUCCUGCCACUCGCACCAAGUCAGUGGUGCGCUUCGUCAGCCCGGCACGGCCCGUUCCUGCUCCCUGCACCAAGUCAGUGGUGCGCUUCGUCAGCCCGGUCCGGCCCGCUCCUGCUCCCCGCACCAAGUCAGUGGUGCGUUUCGUCAGCCCGGCGCGGCCCGUUCCUGCUCCCCGCACCAAGUCAGUGGUGCGCGUCGUCAGCCCGGUCCGGCCCAUUCCUGCUCCCCGCACCAAGUCAGUGGUGCGUUUCGUCAGCCCAGCUCGGCCCGUUCCUGCUCCCCGCACCAAGUCAGUGGUGCGCUUCGUCAGCCCAGUCCGGCCCGCUCCUGCUCCCCGCACCAAGUCAGUGGUGCGUUUCGUCAGCCCGGCGCGGCCCGCUCCUGCUCCCCACACCAAGCCAGUGGUGUGCGUCGUCAGUCCGGCACGGCCCGUGCCUGUUCCACCGGUGGCUGGUCCGGCACCGGUCAGAUGCUUCACGCCGGAGCUAGAGCAAUCCGCUCCACCAGUGUGCAGUCCAGCUCCGGCCAGCGGGGCCAGACCGGACCAGGGGUACUUUGGGGGGUUGGAGCGGGGAUCAGGCCCGGAGCCGGAUCCGCCGCCUAAGCGGAGUGCCCACCCGGUCCCUCCCCUGUGGUGUUUGGUGGGCGCGGUCGGAGUCCGCGCCUUUAGGGGGGGGUACUGUCACGCCCUGGCUCUGGGGACACUUGUAUGUUGAGCCAGGGUGUGCAUUUCAUUUGUUUAUCUAGUAUGUGUAUUUCUAUGUUGGCCUGAGUGGCUCCCAAUCAGAGGCAACGAGUGUCAGCUGUCGUUGGUUGUCUCUGAUUGGGAGCCAUAUUUAAACUGUCUGUUUCCCAUUUGUGUUUGUGGGAUCUUGUUUCUAGUCUGUUUAUGUUAGACCGUGAACUGUCACGUAUCGUUUGUUGUUUUGAUCGUGUCUCUAAUUAAAGAGUAUGUUUGCCUGCAACGCUGCGCCUUGGUCCUCUGUUCCCGACGAUCCUGACAUUCAUAUCUUAAAGUAAUGAUAGACUGUCGUUUCUCUUUGCUUAUUUGAGCUGUUCUUGCCAUAAUAUGGACUAGGUCUUUUACCAAAUAGGACUAUCUUCUGUAUACCCCCCCUACCUUGUCACAACACAACUGAUUGGCUCAAACGCAUUAAGAAGGAAAGAAAUUCCACAAAUUAACUUUUAAGAAGGCACACCUGUUAAUUGAAAUGCAUUCCAGGUGACUACCUCAUGAAGCUGGCUGAGAGAAUGCCAAGAGUGUGCAAAGCUUUCAUCAAGGCAAAGGGUGGCUAUUUGAAGAAUCUCAAAUAUAAAAUAUAUUUUGAUUUGUUUAACACUUUUUUAGUUACUACAUGAUUCCAUAUGUGUUAUUUCAUAGUUUUGAUGUCUUCACUAUUAUUCUACAAUGUAAAAAUAAAGAACAACCCUUGAAUGAGUAGGUGUGUCCAAACUUCUGACUGGUAGUGUAAGUAUUCAGACCCUUUACUCAGUAAACAGCUUUUUAUAACAGACAUACCUCUCUCCAUCUUCACAACAACUUUGUCAAUAUGACUUGACCAUGAUAACUGACCAUCCAAUGUUACUCCUAGGAGUUCAGCUUCUUCAAACUUGUUCAAUGGUUACACCCUUUAUACACAACUCCAGUUGUGCAUACAAUGCUUUUGGUUUUAGAUGUAUUUAAGUCCAGUUUAUUAUUAAUUACCCAUUCUGACACUGACUGUAACUCCUUGCUAAGAGUCUCAGUGCGCUCACCGGCUGUAGGUGCUGAUGUGUAGUGUGCAAUCAUCAGCAUACAUUGUCAUUUUAGCUUCUUGUAAGACAACUCAUUUGUAAAAAAUAGUGAAGCGUAACGGCCCAAGGCAACUGACCUGAGGGAUACCGCACUGUACAUAUCUGAUGUUAAAGAAGCUUCCAUUGAAGAAUACUCUCUGAGUUCUAUUGGAUAAGUAACUCUCCAACCAUGUGAUGGCAGGUGAUGUAAAGCCAUAACAAGUGCAUUUUUUCAAUAAGAAAUUAUGAUCAAUAACAUCAGAGGCUGCACUGAAAUCUAACAAUACAGCUCCAACUACCUUAUUAUUAUCCAUUUAUUUUAGCCAAUCAUCAGUCAUCUGAGUCAGUGCAGUACAAGUUGAGUGCCCUUCCCUAUAUGCAUGCUGAAAGUCAGUAGUUAACUUGUGUCUUAAAAAAUUGCAUUGUAUUUGUUCAAACACAAUUCUCUCCAUCAAUUUACUAAGAACAGGCAGCAAACUGUGGAUGCACACACUCCUUUAGGCUUUGGAUAAAUAUAUGGCAAAUAUGGUGUGGCAGAUUUCAAAACUCUUCAGGGAAGGACUCGGGUAGCAUACACUCUUCCGUUCGCCUACUAACUAAUUGUCAUCUCCUCGGCCACUUAUCGGUUUCCGGGUCACGGAGGAGAGAGGACGGAGGAGAGAGGGUAGAAGACAGACUUUUGCCCAAAUGAGAAAAGGCCUGUGACACUUCUGCUAGCAAAGCAGACCCAGGUAGCCUAGCUAGCUAUGUUAGCUAGAUUUGCUAACCAUCAGCAGAGGUUGCUGAUCUAAACCUAGCUACAUGACCAAGAGUGACUUUGACAGCAAACAAUGUUUUCAGUUUUUCAGCUAGUAAUUACUAUUAUGUGUAACAUUAAAAUACUUUCUACCUCUGUUUUCUGAAUGAAGGUCCCUUGGAACUGGCUGAGAAUGAGGAUGAAGGCAGCCUGGCAGAGUCAUCCAAACCCUCCUGUGACACACCUGCUUCUGAGAGAGACAAGUCCCCUGGAGAUAGUCAGUACUACUAGUGUAGUAUCUGCUUAGAUACAAUGUGACUGGUUGUGGUGUAGUGGUACACGUAAUACAUACAGUAGACCUAUCCUAUGUCCUCCUAUUAUUUGAUACAAGCGUUUACUGUCAUUGUAUGUGUUGACACUUGUUUCCGUAUGGCCACAGAAAAGAACAAGGGGAGGGACUCAGAGGCCCCAAAGACAGAGUCUACCCACCCUGCAGAUGACUCCCAGGCCCACGAAACUGAGGGCACCUCUGACUCAGAAGAUGAUCCUCCCCUCACUGUAAGAUUUACCCUCUGUGUGGGACUACAGCUUCCCUUUCAAACAUGAUUCAAGGUGUUAUAAAAUAAAUAUCACUUAAUAGUAGUCUAUUGUGGGCCAGGCUAUAACAAGAAUCUGGAAUCUGGUCAAAUAAUAUUAUCUGUGUAUUGGACAUGAAAUUAAGGUGAAGGUCAUAUUAGUUGAGUGAGAUGGAAGCACAUCUAUCUUCUUAUCUGUAUGAUUUUGUGUUCUUGUCACAGAGGUUUGAGGUUCGAGUCGUGUACCACAUGGAGCUUCACGUAGCAGUAAAUCAUGUCCCAGAGAGGUUCAUGAAAUCCAACAUUCUCUACUUUCUCAGGAACACUAAAGGUGGGUGAGAAAAGGGAACCAAAGAAGACAGGUCUACUCAAAAAAUUAUAAUUAAUUUGACAGAUUUUUGUUUGCAUGGUGUUAUUACAUGGCAAAUUGUGUGUCCCUAAUUUGUCGUAGAGAAAGCAUUCAAGACAUCCCUUUUUAAUGUUUCAUUUAUAUAUAUAUUUUUUCUGUUUUUAGAAACCAUCAUUGAGCCCAUUGACAUGAACGAGGCCAACAAUCUGAUGCCCAAACUGUUGGAGAUUGGCAUGCUGAAUGGACACUCCCUACUGAUGCUGAAGGACAUGCUCAACUAUGUGUGUAAUAUACAAGGGAUUCAUACUCUACUUGAGACUAAAUCUUCAAACCUGAUGAACGUUAGAUAGGAUAUUCAGGUUUAUGACUCAUGUAUAAUAUGCACUCUUCUUUGCAAGUGGCCCAUUAGAGCUCACUGCUUUCUGUUCUUAGUUGUUUCAGAUGAGCCCUUUAAGUCUCAAGCCAUCAUUAUCCUACUGUCUCUUGGUGAUUCCAGGUGUACAUCCCAAUGCUGUCUGUCAACCAGCUGAAGCUGACUGAUGGAGGCUACCAGCAGGGGGCAGCUGCCUCCAAGGAUAAGGAGGCAACUGGUGAUGGAAAUGGGGACAAGGAUGAGAGGCCUGUGGAGUCCCGUGGAGUACUUAUGAUUCGUGAUGAGUUACUUAACAGCACUCACAAGUUCCUGGGUCACAUCGACAGGACUCUCCAGCAGCUGGAAGGUGUGUGUGUGUCUGUGUUUGUACAGUUGAAGUCGGAAGUUUACAUACACCUUAGCCAAAUACAUUUAAACUCAGUUUUUAACAAUUCCUGACAUUUAAUCCUAGUAAAAAUUCCCUGUCUUAGGUCAGUUAGGAUCACCAUUUUAUUUUAAGAAUGUGAAAUGUCAGAAUAAUAGUAGAGAGAAUGAUUUAUUUAAGCUUUUAUUUAUUUCAUCACAUUCCCAGUGGGUCAGAAGUUUGCAUACACUCAAUUAGUAUUUGGUAGCAUUGCCUUUAAAUUGUUUAACUUGGGUUAAAAGUUUCGGGUAGCCUUCCACAAGCUUCCCACAAUAAGUUGGGUGAAUUUUGGCCCAUUCCUCCUGACAGAGCUGGUGUAACUGAGUAAGGUUUUAGGCCUCCUUGCUCGCACAUGCUUUUUCAGUUCUGCCCACACAUUUUCUAUAGGAUUGAGGUCAGGGCUUUGUGAUGGCCACUCCAAUACCUUGACUAUGUUGUCCUUAAGCCAUUUUGCCACAACUUUGGAAGUAUGCUUGGGGUCGUUGUCCAUUUGGAAGACCCAUUUGCGACCAAGCUUUAACUUCCUGACUGAUGUCUUGAGAUGUUGCUUCAAUAUAUCCACAUAAUUGUCCUUCCUCAUGAUGCCAUCUAUUUUGUGAAGUGCACCAGACCCUCGUGCAGCAAAGCACCCCCACAGCAUCAUGCUGCCACCCCCGUUCUUCACGGUUGGGAUGGUGUUCUUAGGCUUGCAAGCCACCCCCUUUUUCCUCCAAACAUAACGAUGGUCAUUAUGGCCAAACAGUUCUAUUUUUGUUUCAUCAGACCAGAGGACAUUUCUCCAAAAAGUACGAUCUUUGUCCCCAUGUGCGGUUUUGGAGCAGUGGCUUCUUCCUUGCUGAGCGGCCUUUCAGGUUAUGUCGAUAUAGGACUCGUUUUACUGUGGAUAUAGAUAAUUUUGUACCUGUUUCCUCCAGCAUCUUCACAAGGCCCUGUGCUGUUGUUCUGGGAUUGAUUUGCACUUUUCGCACCAAAGUACGUUCAUCUCUAGGAGACAGAACGCGUCUCCUUCCUGAACGGUAUGACGGCUGCGUGGUCCCAUGUUGUUAAUACUUGCGUACUAUUGUUUGUACAGAUGAACGUGGUACCUUCAGGUGUUUGGAAAUUGCUCCCAAGGAUGAACCAGACUUGUGGAGGUCUACCAUUUUUUUGUGAGGUCUUGGCUGAUUUCUUUUCAUUUUCCCAUGAUGUCAAGCAGCGAGGCACUGAGUUUGAAGGUAGGCCUUGAAAUACAUCCACAGGUACACCUCCAAUUGACUCAAAUAAUGUCCAUUAGCCUAUCAGAAGCUUCUGAAGCCAUGACAUCAUUUUCUGGAACUUUCCAAGCUGUUUAAAGGCACAGUCAACUUAGUGUAUGUAAACUUCUGACCCACUGGAAUUGUGAUACAGUGAAUUAUAAGUGAAAUAAUCUGUCUGUAAACAAUUGUUGGAAAAAUUACUUGUGUCAUGCACAAAGUAGAUGUCCUAACCGACUUGCCAAAACUAUAGUUUGUUAACAAGAAAUUUGUGGAGUGGUUGAAAAACGGGUUUUAAUGACUCCAACAUAAGUGUAAGUAAACUUCCUACUUCAACUGUAUAUCAUACCAUGAAAUAGUUCCUCCUCCAAGACAGGACCCAACCAUCAACAGGGUCAGGAAUUAGUUCAGCAGCUACCAUGCUCUCUCUAAGCAUGAUGUGUGUGAAUGCAUGCAUCAUGUAACAAGUGCACCGUUUUCUCUGGUGUUUUACACUGUAUCUGAAGGUUUAUGUGGUGAAUGAUAAUUCCGUGGCCUCUCCAUUUCAGGUGAGAUUAAGCUGCACAUCCCUGAACUGGACCUGGAGCCAGAGGUGGAUGCGCUGCUGGCCACUCAAGAGGUGGUGGAAAAGCUGGAACAGUGUGUGAUGAACUGGCAGACUCAGAUCACCAUCGUCAUCGAGGAGCAGCAGAAGAAGAAACCACAGGUGAGAGAGAGGGAAUAGCCUAUUGGGCCCAUACCUUUUAUGUAUGCAGACCUUUUAUGAUUCAAAAUGAAAAUAAAUUAGUAACAUUGUUGUUGUUUUUUAAGUAAAAAUGGCUGGUUACUACUAUUUCUGUUUGUUUUACACUUAUUCCCAUUCCCAGGUGCCAGGCCCCAUGGCAGAGAUAGAUUUCUGGCGGGAGCGAACAGCCAUCCUGAGUGCUCUGAGUGAGCAGCUCAAACUGCCUGUGGUGAAAAAGAUCCUGGAGGUGAUGACCAAAGCCGACCCGGUCACUGUCCAGAACCUGGACCUGACCGUGACCGAGCUCAGCAAGCUCCACGUGGAGUCUGUGGAGAAUGUGCGCUUCCUCAGUACACUGGAGAGACACUUCAAGGUGGGCUCAUAGUCCUGAGGAAGAGACCCUGUUCUCCCCAAACCUCACAUUAUGGCAGAAACAUGCUAUGUAUUAUUGAAAGAUGUAGGUCUGACUAUUCUGCUGCUGACAGAUGGAAUAAGCUAUUUUGAUAUGUCAUCCUUAUAUCCCGGAGGCUAAAUUGUAGGCUCUUCUCCAUGCCUUGACUUAGCAUGUGUCUUGUGUGUUCCAGAACCUGGCCACGGGGGCAGACUUUGGUGUGAUCCUGGACACCAUCCCUCUGAUGAUGAACGGCCUGCGCAUGGUGUGGAUCAUCUCCAGCCACUACAACAAGGACGAACGCAUGGUGCCCCUUAUGGAGCGUAUUGCAUGGGAGCUGUCUGAGCGUGUGGCUCGCGUCAUCAAUGUCCGCAUGCUCUUCAAGUGAGUUGACCCUGCCCUCUUACCUCUUCUCAUGACUUCAACUGUAACUCCACCCUUAGUUUUGGAAUCCUAACUGUAAUCCAUAACCCUAAAACGGUUUUAUACCAAAGUCAUGUUUUCUCAUCCUUUCUUUACAAUGACAUGUACUGUAUGUCGCUGUCUUGGCUUGAAUUUUAUAUUCUUUGUAAUGGACAGAGACAAGAGGGAGGUAGCGAAGGCCAAAGCUCAGGAUGGAAAGCAGGUGCUGGACCAGUGGAAAGCUUGUUACUUUGAGGUGCGGGCCAGGAUUGAGACAUCAGGUAGAGACCCACGCUGGGAGUUUGACCGUAAAAAGCUGUUUGAGAAGACCGACUAUAUGGCCUCCAUCUGCCAGGACUUGUACAAUAUCCUGCAGGUCAGUUCAACCUGCCUGAUUGACAAACACCUCAACAUCCUCUCAAUCUAACCUUAAACAGACCGACCACAUCCAUAUCCUUUAUUGAUUCAAUGACUAACCCACACCCUGUUUUUCCAUGCGUUCUAUGAAUGCUCAACAAUUUUGCUUUAUGAAAACCAAUUGUAAGGCAUUCACUUCUGGCUAAACACAAUAGGAACAUACUUUUGCAGAUAUUGGAGGAGUUCUAUAACAUCUUUGGUCCAGAGCUGAAGGCAGUGACGGGGGAUCCUAAGCGUAUUGACGAUGUGCUGCGCUGGGUAGACAGCCUGGUGGUGCCCAUCGAGGAGCUCAGCUUCGACCCCUUCAACAUCCGCAAGAUGGGCAGCUGGAAGAUGGUCAUGCAGGACUUCAAGGCCAAGGUUCAGGUGGGAGCAGCAGGACAUCUUGGUAGCAAUUUUGGAAUCCACAUUCAUUGAUUCAUUCAUCACCAAGCCAUGAUUCACUCCUCUCACCUUGCCUGUCUACCCAGGCUGUCGAAGGAGAGGCCAUCAACUUCAUUGACCAGUCCUUCAAGACGCUGCGCUCUGCGUCGGCAGCCUUCGACAUGCUGCUGAAGUUCAAACACAUCCGCUCCAGAGAGGCCAUCAACAACCAGAUGAUGAUGAAGUUCAACGACAUCCUGGCCCAGUACUGCAAAGAGGUACAUCAAAAGAACAGAAAAUAACACAAAUGUGUUGAUUGGAUUUGUCUUGAAAUAAGUUCCAGCCUUAUAAUAUAUAAUCUUAUAUUUUUCAUAGAAUUUGUAGAGUUCAAAAGGUACUCGCACUCAAAUAAUAUAAUUUGUAUACACAAUGUGGCAUCUGGAUGGAGUCAUGGUAAUGGUGUGAGCUUUAGGAAAGCUGGGUCACUUCUUGGCUCUGUUGUGUGUUGUGAGAUAGGUGGACAUAAUCAACGGGAUAUUUGUGAAGUGCAAGGACAACCCUCCUCUGAAUAAGAACCAACCCCCAGUGGCUGGAGCCAUCUACUGGGAGCGCUCUCUCUUCCACCACAUCAAACACACCAUCAUCCGCUUCCUGGAGGUCACAGAUAUGCUGGAGAGUGAGCCUGGCAAAGCGGUGAGAUAACUGAGCAACUAACUAACUAAUCCAAGUAAUUGCUCCAUGUUGUACAUCACAUGUAUGUCUUAAUGAGGGUCUUUUUGGAUGUCUCCCAAAUGGAAUCCUAUUCCCUGGUCAAAAGUAGUGCACUACAUAGGGAAUAGGGUGCCAUUUGGGAUAAAACCUUUGUCUGAAACAGCUUUUUUACAGCACCAUCUUCCUCUCCUCCUUAGGCCAAGGCCAAGUACCUGGAAGUGGGGAUCCGUAUGAAGGAAUAUGAGCAGAAGAAGUAUGAGCGCUGGCGUGAGGAGACGGAACAGAGCCUGCCCCUGCUGAUGAAGAGGACCCUGCUGGUCAUGGUCAACAGCUCAGGGGUCGUCACCGGAGAACAGGCCCCUCUAGACAUGGUACUUAGUAACACACCAUUGGGCGGCUGGGCCUAGGCUGAAAUACACCUUUCCUCACCAACAAGGCUUUUAUGAACAAGUCUAUCCUGUAAAGAUCUUGUGAAGUCCCUUAACGUUGUCUCUUGGGUCAUAUGUCCUUGCAUCUCUGCAUACUUUCUUUCUUUCUUUCUUUCUUUCUCAGACUGGCCCAGCAACUGAGCGGGACAUGGAGAGGGGGGUGCGUUACAUGAUGAACUUUGCCCCGGAGCUGAAGGAGAUCAUUUCAGAGACCAAGUACUUGGAGCAAUUGGGCUACUCUGUGCCUGAGCUGGCCCGUAAUGUGGCUCUGCAAGAGGACAAAUUCCUCAGGUGAUAUUUCCACACAACCAACACUAAGUGACAACAGAUGGAAACGGCUAAACCAGUUUGUGUACUCAUCACAGUUGUCCUAACCUGCUUUAACACUAUGUUACUAGAUAUGUGGAUGGGUUGAAGAACCUGGUGAACCGCUACCACUCUCUGAUGGACUGUCUGAACGAUGCAGAGUUCUUCCUACUGGCCGAGCAGAUCCAGGAGCUGAGGAGGGUGAUGCGCUCAGGAUACAAGAGGCUCAACUGGAACGCCCUGGGUACAUACGCUCUGCUCUGACAUGAUGAAAUAAAAGUGCAUUUGAUGUUUUCAUUGUUUUUCGUUCCCCAAUGUGAGUACAUGUCACAAUACUCAGAGGUACCUGUCCUUUCUGGUUUAAGGCAUCUCUGAGUUCAUCAACCGAGGCACCCAGGCUGCGUCUAAGUUUGAGUCGCUUGUCAAUCAAAUUCAGAAGAAUGAGAGGGACAUUGAUGCCAAGCUGCAGUCCAUUGAGACAGCCAACUUAUUCAAAUUUCCAGCCCCAGACAAAUCAGAUGACCUACCAGGUAAACAGAAUGUCAAUACUAUUUAGAAUGACAUUGGGUAAGCUAAAAUAUCACAUCAAGUGGGAACAAGAGUCUGAUAAAUUGGCAUUUUCAGUAGUUUAGCCUUCCUCACUGUAACUGUGGUUUUAGGAGUGAAAGAGUUCUGUGAGCUGAUCGAGCGAGAGAGGGCGAAGGAUCUGAAUCUGUUGAGUAGGAAGUUCACAGCCAUUGGCCCCCUGCUCACCAAGAUGGAGAGUCUGAUCAUGCAGACCAACAGUGGCAAAGCCAAGCGCAUGGGCCAGUACUACACCUACUGGGAAUGCAAGGUCUUCGACUCCCUCACCAAGAUGGUGCUCAGGUGGGACAUUUAGCAUACCUCUUUCCAGGUGGCUUUAACUACAGGCAAAUACACAUUGUGGUAUUGUAAGCUAUGGAAAAAUUGAUAAUGUUUCAUGAUUUGAGAUGAAAGGUGUGAACAUAACAGUGCAUUAUCUCUGUUAUCUCUCUCUCGUAGGAACAUCCAGACUUUUAACAUGGCCAUGAUGGGCAACACCCCACUUUUCCAAAUUGAAACCAUCUUGUCUGCCCCUGAGAUUGUGCUGCACCCCAAAAACAACGAGGUGUACAAGCUCCUCAUGCAGUGUGUCAGAGACUGUGUAGAGAGCACCAAAGUAGGACACAACACCCUUCCCUUCCCCCAUACCUGUUUACCAACAUAUAACAACAUCCCUGUGUAGUGUAUGACUGGUGUGACUCUCUUCUCCCACUAGCGGUUUGUGCGUUGGAUGCAUGGCACCUGUAUAGAGUGUCCUCCUCAGCGUGUUGAUGGAGAGGAUGAGUCGGUGGUGUUCAGUUUCUACAGCGAGGUGUGUCAGCACCCCCAGGUCAAUGAAAGGGCCAUGGCCGUCUCCCAGAAUAUCCAGCGCCUACUCAGCGCCGUGGGACGCUACCUCAACCGCUGGAAGCGCUACCGGCCCCUCUGGAAGCUGGACAAGGCCAUCGUCAUGGAGAAGUUUGCCGCAAAGAGGCCCUCCUAUGUCAUGUAUGACGAGAAGCUGCAGUUCUAUGCCCGGGUCAGCGUGGAGGUGGCGCUGCAGCCGCUGGUGAAGGAUGAGCACAUUAUAAGGCUGAACCUGGAGCCUCUGGCCCGCACCGUGCAGGAGAACGCCCAAGCCUGGGUCAACUCUCUGGGCAGAUUGCUCAACGAGUCAGCCCGAGAGGACCUGUUCAACCUGCGGGAUGAGCUACUGGUACGGCAUACUUAUUAUUCAGUCAACGUUCCUAUCGGUCCUAGACUAUGGCGACAUCAUCUACAGUAUAUGAGCGCAGCUGCCACUUCAUUAAAGCCGUUAGAUGCAGUUUAUCAUAGCUUACUGCGCUUUAUUACGGCAGACAGUUUUAUUGCUCAUCACUACCAGAAAGUUGGUUGGCCCUCUUUGAUGUCACGUAGGUUGAUACAUUGCUAUGUUUUCAUUUAUAAAGUCCUUUUACAUAAACUCCCACUGUACCUAACAUCAUUACUAAACUUUAGACUUAUGAGUUACCACACCCGGUCUCAGGGAUGGCUAACUCUGAAAAAACCUUCUUAGAUUGGAUGUUUUGGUGCCUCUAGGGCAAUUCAGAAAGCUGAUUGAGGACCUUAUUACUGAUGAAUGUGUUUGUUUUUUAUGACUGUGAUUUUCUCUCUGCUUGCAUUUUGUACAGUGCCGUGAAAAGUAUUUGGCCCCCUUUCUGGUUAUCUCUAUUUUGCGUAUUUUCUAUAUUGAAUGUUGUCAGAUCUUCAACCAAAACCUAAUAUUAGAUAAAGGGAGCCUGAGUUUACGAAUACCCACCCCCCAAAUUAUACUUAUUUUAUUUAUUUAAUUAACAAAGUUAUGCAACACCCAAUUCCCCUGUGUGAAAAAGUAAUUGCCCUCUUACACUCAAAAACUGGUUUUGCCACCUUUAGCUGCAAUGACUGCAACCAAAUGCUUCCUGUAGUUGUUGAUCAGUCUCUCACAUUGCUGUGGAGGAAAUUUGUCCCACUCUUCCCUGCAGAACUGCUUUAACUCAGCGACAUUUGUUGGUUUUCAUACAAUAACUGCUUGUUUCAAGUCCUGCCACAACAUCUCAAUUGGAAUUAGGUCUGGACUUUGACUAGGCCAUUCCAAAACUUCAAAUGUUUUGCCUUUUAACAGUUUUCAUGUAGACUUGAUUGUGUGUUUUGGAUCAUUGUCUUGCUGCAUGACCCAGCUGCGCUUCAGCUUCAGCUCACAGACGGAUGGCCUGACAUUCUCCUGUAGAAUUAUCUGAUACGGAGCAGAAUUGAUGGUUCCUUCUAUUAAGGCAAAACCAUGCUUGACCGGAAUGAGGUUCUUACUGUGGAAUGGAGUGUUUGGUUUUCGCCAGACAUAAUGGGACCCAUCUCGUCCAAAAAGGUGACUGAAGUUUGCCAAAAAGCACCUGGAAGCACCUGGAUGAUCAUCAAGACUAUUGGAAGAAUGUUCUAUGGACAGAUGAGUCAAAGUAUAUCUUUUUGGACGACAUGGGUUGAAGAUCUGAUAACAUUCAGUAUAAAAAAUAUGCAAAAAUAGAGAAAAUCUGAAAGGGGGCAAAUACUUUUUCACAGCACUGUAUUUAUAUUUUGAUGUGUGUAUUUUCUGUAAUUUCUGUAAUUCAGGGCUCAUCUGUAAAAGAGACCUUGGUCUCAGUAUGACUCCCUGAUAAAAUAAAGGUUAAAUAAAAAAUAAAUACAUACUAUGAAUUGCUGCUAUACUCCUCAACUCUAUUUCUUACUAAGCAACCCCUCAUGUUUGUGUAUGAUUGUAUUGUUGAAUAGCAACAGUCUGAGAACCUGAAGAGGAGCCCAAACACCCUGGAGGACUUGAAGUUUGUCCUGGGCACCAUCUCAGACAUCAGGGACAUGUCUCUGGCUGUGGAGAUGAGGUUCACUGACAUCCAGGAGAGAUACAGGACCCUGGGCAUGUACAAAGUAGAGGUGAGGAACAUACAUUACUCGAGUGUCUGUAUAUUGUCUCUUUGCUAUUUGUCUGUAUAGUUUUCCCUUUUGAGUGUAUUGUGUUGCUGUCCCCUGGUUGAGUGUGGAUCCCUGUGUGUGUUGCAGGCCACGGAGGAGGAGCUGGAGUUGUCGGCUAGUAUCGGUCGGCUGUGGAGUGAGCUGUUUGAAGAAUCCAGACUGGUGGACCGCAGCCUGGGACGGGUCAAGAAGACCUUCACUGAGGUGAGACAGACGCCACGACACCUUGACCAACACUAACUUCACCAUCACAGUCUCACCUAUAUCUAUCAUUAUGAUCCUCAUCCCAAAACCUACAUCCCCUCUCUCCCCUGUCUCACAGAUUACUAAGGAGCAGAUUGAGAAGUAUAAGCAGGAGCUGACCAUCUUUGCAGAGAGCUUCAACAUGCAUGGACCUGGAGCUGUUGGAGACAACCUGGAGAAAGGUAAGUGUUGAACCCCCUUCCCAUCAGACUGUCCUAACAGCCCCAUCACUGCUUUCUGGGUGAUUUAAUAUGUCUUUCUACUGGACCUGUCUUUUCCAAUUCUCUGUGUAGGAGUGACAGUGAUGGGGACCUAUGAGACAGAACUAGCCAAGAUAGAGGCGGGACGUCAAGAGUUGGCCAAUGCAGAGAAGCUCUUUGACCUGCCAAUCACCAUGUACACAGAGCUGCAAAAUGUACAGAAGGAGAUGAAGGGCCUGCGACAGAUCUAUGAGAUCUACACGUCUCAGAAGGUAAGAGUUUGUGGGUUGAGUACAGUGUGUGUGUUUGUGUAGUAGAAAACACAAUGGGGCCAUACUUGCAAACAUAAGCAAGCAUUUAAAGUUAAACAGGUUCUCACGCACAAAAUGGUUGAUUUACUUGCAUGUGACAGAAAGCUAAAUAGAGCCCCACAGUGGAAACAAAGGUGAUUGUAUUGAUAAAAGUCACCUUGUCCUAGAGAGAUUUACACGGAUAUCAAAACGUCACGCCAGGGUAAGCCUACACGAAACACAGCCCUUAUUUUAAGUGUUUCUAAAAAUUAAUGGUGGGGAAAACGAUUGGAACCAUUUCCCUGUUUAACCUCUAGGUUUUAUGGGUAUUAUGACUCAUACUGUGGUACUCUAUAGUAGCUGGUCCCAUCAGAUGACAUGGCACACGUUAGCCCUUUUCUAACCUCACCAGGUGGCAUGGUUACAUCCUGCAGCCAAUUAAAAUCAUAGAAGUAGUUGGACGUGUUCCAACACUUGUUCAUGGAAGCAUCCUUAACAUACCUCAGUCCAACAACACAUUCUGAUCAUCAAAGCAACUAGGCUAUCAUGUGUAUUUGACUGACUGGUCAAAUUGCUCUCUGUGUAAAGUUCCUAGUCCAUGUAGUCGUCGCAGAUUUUCGCAAGAGUUCGAAUCACGUUAGUCCCCCCCCCCCCUUUGAAAUAUAGAUUUACAUGUAGCCUAUUGGGUUAGUGCGUGCAGAGGUGUCAAACUCAUUCCACGGAGGGCCGAGUGUCUGCGGGUUUUUGGUUUAUCCUUUCAAUUAAGUUCCUUACUAAUUAGUGACCUUAAUUCAUCAAUCAAGUACAAGGGUGGAGCGAAAACCCGCAGACACUCGGCCCUCCGUGGAAUGAGUUUGACACGUGGGUUAGUGUGUUGAAAAGGACAUUCAUUUAAUUUCAGCCUUGCACACAAACACACCGCUAUUGCCUAAAAAUCUCAUUGCAUAGGCUAUCUUACAUGGACGUGUACACCUAAAUGUAGGCCAACAUUUUAUAUGCAUUUUUAUAAUCAUCUGCUUUGUCUAAAGUGUUAUUUCACUAGAGAAGGAUGAUCCAAAGUGGAAAUACAGUAGAAAUAGUUUGCACUCUCGUUAUCAUCCUACAGGUGGCGGUAUUGCAUCUUAAAUCAACAGUCUUACUGUAGUAAGACACUUGGCUGUCAUUAGUAUAUUCUAAUGUAUGCUACACUUACAUGCAGGCCUACAAUGUUUUAUAGUUUAUGCACUAUUAUAAUAAUCCCCUUUGUCACAUGCGUUUUGAAUCGAGCAUCAAGGACCAACAUUGAACAGAGUUUUCCUCAACAAAAAAGCUUAAUGCGAGGUGGGCUCGAACCCAUUGUUAAAAAGCACUAUCAAUUACCAGUCAACCACUUUAGUAGUAUGUGCCUCCUAGAAGUGAUGAGAACUGCGAUUUGAUAAAUCUAUAAGGCUCAUCGUUUUUUUAACGAUGUAUAAUAAGCUUUCUUGUAAGGACCUCAUUUAUGUUUUUUCCCAUAAAAGCACAUGGAUGUGAGUGAAAUUGUCAUAUAUGCGAAAAUGGGAAAAUGUUGUCUAUUGUUACUAGUAGCUAGUAGCUUAGUCAAGAAUGCAUCAGUGCAAUAUUGGCACACAACAUUUUGUUACAGACCAAUGGAACAAGUAAACCUUGAAUUUGUAGGUUUAACAUAUCCUUCUAGUGGCCAGGGUUGACCUAUUUUAAGAAAUUCCAUUGGUUGGUGGAUAGAAAAUCUAAGAUCUUUGAUAGGCUGAAGCGGAAGUUGUGCCGGGAUGUAAUCACUUCCACCUGUUGAGGUUAGCAUAGGGCUAACUUGUACCAUGUUAUCUGAUGGGACCAGCUACAAUUUAACAUUCGGUCACAUGCUAGUAAAUCGACUAUUUUAAUUGGCUGAUACGCAUUUUGUGCGUGAAAACCUGUUUAACUUUAAAUGCAUGCUUAUGUUUGCAAGUAUGGCUCCAAUGUUUUCUAGAGUUCUGUGUUUAUUGCCUUUAUGUGUGUUGCCUUAUGUGUGUCUUUCAGGCAGCUAAGACGGAGUGGUCCCAGACUCUGUGGGUGAACCUGAACAUCCAGCUGCUGCAGGAGGGCGUUGAGAGCUUCAUUAAGAGUCUGAGGAAGCUGCCUAAAGAUGUGCGGGGCCUACCUGUGUCCUUCUUCCUGGAGGGACGCAUGAAGGAGUUCAAAGAGUCCCUACCUCUCCUUCUGGACCUGAAGAACGAGGCCCUCAGAGACAGGUACACCUAAUCACCUAUGGAUGUGGACUUAGAGAGUAGGAUGUUUAGGGGACAGAACCUGAUAUCAACACACAGGCCCUAUAACAAUCACAUGACUGUAGUGGGCAGUAAUAUUUGAUAUGUGUAUAUACAGUAUAUUAUAUAUACAUCACAUGCCACUCGUAAAUAGACUAAGCAAUUAGCCAAUUAAAAUGUUCAUCUGACUCCAUAAAGAUAAUUAAAAUAUACAAUCAAGCAUUAGUCAAUGAGUUGAUGUUGACUAGCAAGAAUUGGUCUGAGAAUUGCCUAUAUCAAAGGCAGAUAUUUAAUUAACAUUGUAAAAUGAAUGGAUUCACAUACAAGGCAUAAAGCUUAAGUUACAAAGCAUUAACAAGCAUUACAAAGCAUACUUCUAGGCAUAUAGAUCCUAAGGUUAACUUAGAAGACAAAGCAUGAACAAAGAGAUGCCUAGUAGGCCAGAGGCCUAGAAGCCUAAGAAAUGAGAAUUGAUCAUACAACCUUCCUCCAUGGACUGGAUACAGCAUAAGAGCAAGAACAAAGGCAUUUAAUUCCAUUUAUAACAUCUGAAAGUGUAACCUUUCAACCUAAAACCAACCACCAUUGACCAAUCAAACGAUACCAAGUUUACAGUAACGUAAACACUCCCAGGCCCAAUCUCCACAGGGUGUCACAGCAUCUAAAGGCUUGUGUGGGGGAUGAGACCAAUGUAAAUAAGACAUAAUUCCUGAGAAGACAAAACCUUUGCAUAAUAGAGUAAUUUAGAGUUCACCCUGUACAGAUACAAGUAACAACAUAGAUAAUACAUCCAUAUAGAUAGCAUCAGAGUUAUCCUCAGUGAACAAGUUUCAGAUAGAUACCAAACAUGGAUAAUAUAGUAUUAUUCUAUCACUCAUUCAAUAGCCAGUCGUCUGGAUACUGUAACAGAGAGAUACAUUUUGGCCCCUCAGAGGGGGAAGCGCUAACUAGUCCAUGAGCAUUGUCCUUUGUGCUUUCCUUGUGUUCCUGGACCAUUUGCCAUGCAACUCCAGGUGUCAGAGAGCACAUAAAGUAGGGCAGAGCCUACAUGACCAACAAAAUACCUCCUGAAAAAACAAAUUAAAUGAAUGUGGUUUUAAUGUAUUUAUUUAUACAGAGAGUAUGUGAACGUUUGUUUGUCCUUGAUCCCGCUCAGACACUGGAGGGAGCUGAUGGAGAGGACUAACACAAGCUUUGAGAUGAAUCCAGACACCUUCACUCUGGAGAACAUGUUUGCCAUGGAGCUGAACAAGUAUGGCAAUGUAAUCGGUGAGAUUGUCACCUCAGCUGUCAAAGAGCUCAGCAUUGAGAAGGCAAGCAACCCCUUUAGGACUGUUAUUUCAUCACACAAAGCUGAAAUUGUACAAUUCUCUUUGCGGUGUGUUCAACAUUGUAUGGUCAGUAUCAAUAACUAAACAUUGAGUUUAUAUGUCAUUUACAUUGUGGUAAUGUGUGUCUGUGUGUGUGUGUGUGUAUACAGGGAGUGAAGGAGGUGGUGGAGACCUGGGAGAAUAUGAAGUUUAGUGUGCAGCGCUACUUCAAAGGCACCCAGGAACGUGGCUCAAUCCUGGGGGUGGUGGACGAGAUCCUGCAGAACCUGGAUGACAAUGCCAUGAACCUCCAGAGCAUGGCAGGCAGCCGCUUCGUAGGGCCCUUCCUGGCCACCAUACAACAGUGGGAGAAGAGCCUGUCCCUCAUCAGCGAAGUCAUAGAGGUCAGUCAAUGUGUGCGUCCCAAAUAGCACCCUAUUCCCUAAAUAGUGCACUACUUUUUACCAGGGUCCAUAGUGCACUAUGUAGGGAAUAGGGUGCCCUUUGGGACGUAGCCAGUGACCUUUGGGUCAUAGAUCACGGAAGAGUUAAAAUACUGUUGCGUUCACCUCUCAUCACAAGUUCAUUGUCAUUUGAAACCACCGUUGAGUAUAAUGGUAACCACCCAUACAGGAUCUGUGAUGAAAUGAUAUGGCAUCUCCUAAGGUUUGGAUGCUGGUGCAGCGCAAGUGGAUGUACCUAGAGAGCAUCUUCAUUGGAGGGGAUAUCCGCUCUCAGUUACCUGAGGAAGCCAAGAAAUUUGACAACAUUGACAAAAUGUUCAAAAAGGUGAUUGACUUGACUCCCACUUCUAUUAGAACAUAAUUAAACACAACACAUAAUGCUUUUAGACAGUAUUGUCUUACUUAGUUUUGUGUGCUUGCAUGGUCUACUCUAGAUCAUGACAGAUACAGUGAAGGACCCAGGAAUUAAGAGGUGCUGUCUGGUGCCCAACCGGCUGGCUGACCUGCAGAGUCUGAGUGAUGGUCUGGAGCGCUGCCAGAAGAGUCUCAACGACUACCUGGACUCCAAACGCAAUGCCUUCCCUCGCUUCUUCUUCAUCUCCGACGACGAGCUGCUCAGCAUCCUGGGUAGCAGCGACCCUGUCUGCGUCCAGGAGCACAUAAUCAAGGUACUGUAGCAUGUCACUACAGGCCAGAGAUGGUUCUCUUCAAGUGAUCAAGGUGUAGUCAAAUUUGUGGCUCUUCUUGCUCAAGAUUUUAAGCAAGGAUUAGACGGGUACUGUAAACCUGCUCUUUUCUUCUGGUAAAAGUUGGCUCCUAAAGUGUGUGGAAUUAACGUUGCAAUUUUCUCCCUUUUUCCUCCCACCCAGAUGUAUGACAACAUAGCGUCUCUGCGGUUUGACGUGGGGAGUAACGGGGAGACGGUGGCGGGGGCCCUGGUGUCUGCGGAGGGAGAGGUGAUGGACCUGAAGCAGCCGGUGCCAGCCGAGGGCCGGGUGGAGGACUGGAUGACUGGAGUACUGCUGGAGAUGAGGAGGACCAACAGACUCAUCACCAAGGAAGCCAUCUUCCGCUACUGUGAAGACAGGGGCAGGUCAGUGUGUUUCAGAAACUGACCUACUUCUGUCUUCAAAGUAAAACUUUGUCUGUGUAUAAGAUGCCUGUGAAAUAUUCAGCAGCACCAGUCCAUAGUGUGUGAAAGAUGAUACUUGAUAUUGUUCAAAAAGGAGAUGAACCUAACGUUGUGGUGUGUUUCCCUCAGGAUUGACUGGAUGUUGCUGUACCAGGGGAUGGUGGUGCUGGCUGGGAACCAAGUGUGGUGGACCUGGGAGGUGGAGGAUGUCUUCCAGAAGGUGAAGAAGGGAGACAAGCAAGCGCUGAAGAACUACGCCAAGAAGAUGCACCUGCAGAUAGACGAGCUGGUGACACGCAUUACUCAGCCCAUGAAGAAGAACGACCGAAGCAAGAUCAACACUGUCCUCAUCAUCGACGUCCAUGCCAGAGACAUUGUGGACAACUUUGUCCGGGACAGGUAGGGAACAACAUAGUGCUUUGUUAUUACACUUACUGUACUGCAUGUAGUGACAUAUGACUUCAAAUGAAAAGAAGAUUAUUUUAUCCUAAUUUCUCUCUCAUGCAGUAUAAUGGACGCCCGUGAGUUUGAGUGGGAGAGCCAGCUGAGGUUCUACUGGGACCGGGAGCCCGAUGAUCUGUUUGUGCGCCAGUGCAGCGCUGCUUUCUCCUACGGUUAUGAGUACAUGGGGCUGAAUGGUCGUCUGGUCAUCACCCCGCUGACUGACCGCAUCUACCUCACCCUCACACAGGUACAAUACCUGAACCUCAGAAAGCUUUGUCAGUCUGUAUUUACACACUGUUUAAUGAUGGAGGUGUAUGAUUUUGUCUAACUGUAACUACCACUGUGUUUGGGCUUGCCUCAGGCCCUGUCCAUGUACCUGGGUGGAGCCCCCGCGGGGCCGGCUGGAACAGGGAAGACAGAGUCCACCAAGGACCUGGCCAAGGCUCUGGGCCUGCUGUGUGUGGUCACCAACUGUGGAGAGGGCAUGGACUACAUGGUGAUGCCCCUCCUCACGCCAAAAUGAAAGCUUUAUUUCCUCUAUUGUAGUCCACAUUAAUAGUUUCUUUAUUUACCUUGUGUAUUAAUUUAUCAUGCUUCUCCUCUCCUCUGUCUUCCCCCUCCUCUGUGUCCAGGCUGUGGGGAAGAUCUUGUCUGGCCUGGCCCAGUGUGGUGCCUGGGGCUGCUUUGAUGAGUUCAACCGCAUCGAUGCCUCUGUGCUGUCUGUCAUCUCCUCCCAGAUCCAGACCAUCCGCAACGCUCUCAUCCUGCACCUCAAGAGGUUCCAUGUAAGUUAUUAUGACACACUGUCAUCUCUUCGAUGUUUGGAGACUGCCUGGACAGUUCUGGAUUGGGAGAGGGUGAUACUAAAACCUUGCAAUUUGAGUAGGUAGCCACAAAACGUUUUCCCUAAAGACUGUUGGUGACAUUGACUCAGGACGCUUUGAACUCAGUACCCUCUAUGUGUUGUGGGUGUCAGUUUGAGGGCCAGGAGAUCAGCAUGGACGACCGCAUGGGCAUCUUCAUCACUAUGAACCCUGGCUACGCUGGACGCACAGAGCUGCCUGAGUCAGUCAAAGCCCUGUUCAGACCUGUGGUGGUCAUCGUCCCAGACCUGCAGAUGAUCUGUGAGAUCAUGCUCUUCUCAGAGGGAUUCCUCUUGGCCAAGGUGAGCAGCACAUCCUCUCAUCAACACACACUCACUCUCACAUACACACACACACACAAAUACACAUACAAAGUUGUAGAUAAAUGUUGUGUCUGACAUUGUUAAACACACACUCACUCAGUUAGUCAUCUUCUUUUGAAUGUAGAUUCUGGCCAAGAAGAUGACGGUGCUGUACAAGCUGGCCAGGGAGCAGCUGUCUAAGCAGUUCCACUAUGACUUUGGCCUGCGGGCUCUUAAAUCUGUGUUAGUGAUGGCAGGAGAACUGAAGAGAGGCUCACCAGACCUCAAUGAGGUAAAAUUCUGGAAAGUCCACUGUGAUACGAUUCCUCUGUGUUGCACUUACAGUAAGGAGACAAAGAGAGCAUUUAUGAUUUUCUGGAGGUUUUGGGUGGUUUUAUUUCUAUGCCCUUGAAGACAUCUUUGACAAUCACUCUCUUUCUCUCUACCUCUGUCUUUUUUCAUUCUCUCUCCCGUUCUCCUUCCUCACCUCCUCACCCUCUCUCUCCCCUUUUCUCUCUCAGGAUGUGGUGUUGAUGCGUGCCCUGCGUGACAUGAACCUGCCUAAGUUUGUGUUUGAGGAUGUGCCUCUGUUCCUAGGGCUGAUCUCAGACCUGUUCCCGGGGCUUGACUGCCCCCGUGUGUGCUACCCCAGCUUCAAUGAUGCUGUGGAGCAGACCCUGAUGGAGAACAAAUACCUUAUCCUGUCCAACCAGGUGCCCUGGCUACCCAUCUCUGUCUCAACUUGAAAUCUCAGGGCAUAGGCAACUUUGUGAAAAUGACCAUACGCAUUGAAAGAUGACAAAGUGGAGAUGUUGAUAAGUCCCUCUUCCUAAUGCUGAGUGUCUGUGGUGUUCAGGUGGACAAGGUGGUCCAGAUGUAUGAGACCAUGAUGACCAGACACACCACUAUGGUGGUGGGCCCCACAGGUGGAGGCAAGUCAGUGGUCAUCAGCACCUUGUGCCAGGCCCAGACCAGGUCAGUGCCUCUCAGACCACUGUGACAGCUGGCAUCACAACAGCCUGGCUUCUCAAAGCGUUCAACGGAGAGUGUUUUUAGGGAUAGUAGCCCUCAUAAUUGUGGUUGUUUUCCUACCUACAGGUUAGGCUUGGUGACCAAGCUGUACUCCCUGAACCCUAAAGCCAUGAGUGUCAUCGAGGUGUACGGCAUUCUGGACCCUGUCACCCGAGACUGGACUGAUGGGAUACUGUCCAACAUCUUCAGAGACAUCAACAAGCCCACCGACAAAAAGGAGAGGAGGUAAAGACCAUGUCACUGCCAUUCCCUUGUAGAAUUCAACCUGAAUUUUCUAGGUAUUUUGUUGUAUCCAAUGCUAUAUACACUACCAGUCAAAAGUUUGGACACACCUACUCAUUCAAGGGUUUUUCUUUAUUUGUGCUAUUUUCUACAUUGUGGAAUAAUAGUGAAGACAUCAAAACUAUGAAAUAGUUAAACAAAUCAAAAUAUAUUUUAUAUUUGAGAUUCUUCAAAUAGCCACCCUUUGCCUUGAUGACAGCUUUGCACACUCUUGGCAUUCUCUCAACCAGCUUCAUGAGGUAGUCACCUGGAAUGCAUUUCAAUUAACAGGUGUGCCUUCUUAAAAGUUAAUUCAUUUUUUUUUCGUCUUAAUGCGUUUGAGCCAAUCAGUUCUGUUGUGACAAGGUAGGGGGGUAUACAGAAGAUAGCCCUAUUUGGUAAAAGACCAAGUCCAUAUUAUGGCAAGAACAGCUCAAAUAAGCAAAGAGAAACGACAGUCCAUCAUUACUUUACGACAUGAAUGUCAGUCAAUACGGAACAUUUCAAGAACUUUGAAAGUUUCUUCAAGUGCAGUCGCAAAAACCAUCAAGUGCUAUGAUGAAACUGGCUCUCAUGAGGACCGCCACAGGAAUGGAAGACCCAGAGUUACCUCUGCUGCAGAGGAUAAGUUCAUUAGUUACCAGCCUCAGAAAUUGCAGCCCAAAUAAAUGCUUCACAGAGUUCAAGUAACAGACACAUCUCAACAUCAACUGUUCAGAGGGGACUGUGUGCAUCAGGCCUUCAUGGUCGAAUUGCUGCAAAGAAACCACUAUUAAAGGACACCAAUAAGAAGAAGAGACCUGCUUGAUCUAAGAAACACGAGCAAUGGACAUUAGACCGUUGGAAAUGUGUCCUUUGGUCUGGAGUCCAAAUUGGAGAUUUUUGGUUCAAACCGUUGUGUCUUUGUGAGACGCUGUGUCGGUGAACGGAUGAACUCUGCAUGUGUAGUUCCAACCAUAAAGCAUGGAGGAGGAGGUGUUAUGCUGUGGGGGUGCUUUGCUGGUGACACUGUCUGUGAUUUAUUUAGAAUUCAAGGCACACUUAACCAGCAUGGCUACCACAGCAUUCUGCAGCGAUAUGCCAUCCCAUCUGGUUUGGGCUUAGUGGGACUAUCAUUUGUUUUUCAACAGGACAAUGACCCAACACACCUCCAGGCUGUGUAAGGGCUAUUUUACCAAGAAGGAGAGUGAUGGAGUGCUGCAUCAGAUGACCUGGCCUCCACAAUCCCCUGACCUCAACCCAAUUGGGAUGGUUUGGGAUGAGUCGGACCGCAGAGUGAAGGAAAAGUGGGGACUCCUUCAAGACUGUUGGAAAAGCAUUCCAGGUGAAGCUGGUUGAGAGAAUGCCAAGAGUGUGCAAAGCUUUCAUCAAGGCAAAGGGUGGCUAUUUGAAGAAUCUCCAUUUUGAUUUGUUUAACACUUUUUUGGUUACAACAUGAUGCUAUAUGUGUUAUUUCAUAGUUUUGAUGUCUUCACUAUUAUUUUACAAGGUAGAAAAUAGUAAAAAUAAAGAAAAACCCUUGAAUGAGUAGGUGUGUCCAAACUUUUGACUGGUACUGUAUACAUAACGUUAGUCAGGUCCACAAUUAUUGUAAAAAUGUAUAAUACAAAUACUGAGCUAGCUAUAUUGUAUGAAGAAAGAAAAAGGGACAAUUAUAUAAUUUUAUACUAAUACAAUUGCUCUAUUUUCAUGUAAUCUGACCAUAGCACCAGUUCCAAUCCAAGUGACAAUGCCGGUAGCAAACUCCAGGCGUUUACAUUUGUUGGAUGACAUGAAAAUAGAGCUCUUUGACCACGCACACCAAUAAGGAAAUAAGGGGGCGUAAGCAGAAAAUAACCCCAUACCCAUUACCUACUGUAAAAUAUAGUGUUGGAUCUUUAAUGUUAUGGGGCUAUUUUGCUUCCACUGGUCCUGGGGCCCUUGUUAAUGUCUACGGCAUUAUGAACUUUACCCAACACCAGGACAAAAAGCUGGUUGCCUCUGCCAGUAGGAUGAAACUUGUCCGCAAGGGGAUCUUACAGCAAAACAAUAACCCCAAGCACACAUCAAAAUCCACAAAGAAAUGGUUAAUUGACCACAAAAUCAACAUUUUGCAAUGGCCAUCUCAGUCUCCUUUUGACACAUAUCUUUUUGAGAAAAAAAUAUUACUUGUAAAACAAAAUCACUUUCUCUGAACAAUUGUAUUAGUAUAAAAUAAUAUAAUUUCCAUAAUUUCCAUACAGUAUAGCACAGUAUUAGUAUUAUUUAUUUUAUACAGUCUUUUUUGCUAAUCAUAAUCAAGGGUGCCAAUAAUUUGGGACAUGACUGUAUAUCUCUUGUUGACACAUGAACCCUUAACUACAGGUACAUCCUGUUUGAUGGGGACGUGGAUGCUCUGUGGGUGGAGAACAUGA